AUGGGACUGGGCGCGGGCGAAGGCUGCACGCCACGGCCCCCGAUCCGCCCGCAGCCUGCGUCUGAGCGCCGCGUGCUCUCGGUGGUCUUCCUGGGCCUCCUGCUGGACCUGCUGGCCUUCACACUGCUGCUGCCACUGCUGCCCGGCUUGCUGGAGGCCCACGGCCGUGCCCAGGACCCCCUCUAUGGCUCGUGGCAGCGCGGGGUGGACUGGUUUGCUGCCGCCAUCGGUGUGCCCGCCGAGAAGCGCUACAACAACGUUCUGUUUGGAGGUCUGGUGGGCUCCGGCUUCUCCGCCUUGCAGUUCCUGUCUGCCCCCCUCGCAGGCGCUGCCUCAGACCGCCUAGGGAGGCGCCCGGUGAUGCUGCUGUCCUUGGUGGGUCUAGUCAUCUCCUAUGCUGUAUGGGCUGCCUCUCGGAGCUUCGCCGCCUUCCUGGCAUCCAGGGUGAUUGGGGGAAUCAGCAAGGGGAAUGUCAGUCUUUCCACGGCCAUUGUCGCUGACCUGGGUUCCCCGGAGGCCCGUAGCCGAGGCAUGGCUGUCCUCGGGGUAGCCUUCUCGCUGGGCUUCACACUGGGCCCCUUGCUGGGCGCCAUGCUGCCUGUAGACACGGCACCCUGGCUGGCUCUGCUCUUCGCCACCUCAGACCUCCUCUUCAUCUUCUGCUUCCUGCCAGAGACACUGCCCGCAGAGCGGCGGGCAUCCUCCGUCACCCCGGGCUUUCGAGCCGCUGUGGACCUGCUCAGCCCUCUGGCCCUGUUCCGCUUCUCAGCCGUGGCCCGUGGCCAGGAUCCACCCGCCCAAGACAGGCUCCCUGACCUGCACCGCCUAGGCUUGGUCUACUUCCUCUAUCUCUUCCUCUUCUCCGGCCUCGAGUACACCCUGAGCUUCCUCACCCACCAGCGCUUCCAGUUCAGCAGCCUGCAGCAGGGGAAGAUGUUCUUCUUCAUUGGUAUCACCAUGGCUACCAUUCAGGGUGCUUAUGGCCGGCGCAUCCGCCCCGGCAGUGAGCUCGCAGCAGUGAAGCGGGCCAUCCUGCUUCUGGUACCGGCUUUCCUCUUGAUCGGCUGGGGGCGCUCGCUGCCCGUCCUAGGCCUGGGGAUGCUGCUCUACUCUUUUGCGGCUGCUGUUGUGGUGCCCUGCCUGUCGUCCAUGGUCUCUGGCUACGGCUCAGUGGGGCAGAAAGGCAUCAUCAUGGGCACGUUGCGGAGCCUGGGCGCCCUGGCCCGGGCAGUGGGGCCCAUCGUGGCCGCCUCGGUGUACUGGCUGGCUGGGGUCCAGGUCUGCUUCACCACGUGUGCCGGCCUCUUCCUGCUGCCCUUCCUGCUCCUGCGCAGCCUGAGGCCCGCGCCCCCCAAGGAUCAGUAG